AGCAAGGACUGUGUGGGUGGGUGACGAACACACAAUGACUGAACUGUCUCGUCCUCCUCUAAAGCUAUUCGAUCCACUCCACGUCCCGACGGUGACACUGAUGGGUUCUGGACCUACCAACUGUUCGCCAAGAGUUAUGGCUGCGCUUACUCAUCAAAUGUCAUCUCCCGUCAGUCCCAAGCUUCUCGCGAUAAUGUCUGAUAUUCGAAGUGGUUUGCAAUAUGUCAUGCAGACUGUCAAUGCGUGUACGAUGGCUGUGAGUGGAGCUGGACAUGCUGCAAUGGAGUGCGCGCUAACUAGCCUCAUCGAACCCGGCGACGUUGUACUGGUGACUGUGCACGGCAUUUGGGGCGAAAGAGCGAGUGACAUUGCGACUAGACAAGGUGGUAUAGUGAAAACAUUGAAUAAGGAAAUAGGCGAAGUCUUCUCUCUGAGUGAUCUGGAAGAGGGAUUGAAAGAACACAAACCGCGUGUUAUGUUUGUCACUCAUGCCGAAUCGAGCGGUGGGACACUGCAGCCUCUUAAAGACAUCGGACCACUUUGUCAUCGGUACGGUUGCCUCCUUGUUGUAGACGCUGUCGCCAGUCUUGGUGCCGUUCCCUUGUUUACUGAUGCUUGGGAGAUCGAUGUGCUAUACAGUGCUUCACAGAAGGUUUUGAGUGCUCCUUCUGGCAUCAGCCCAAUUACAUUUAGUCGACGAGCAUGGAAGAAGGUUGAGCAAAGGAAAACUCGUAUUCGGUCAUUCUAUUUGGAUGCUACACUGCUGGCUCACUACUGGGGCGUCGAACAGCCAUUACAAUAUCAUCACACUGGGUUACCGGUAAAUUUGUAUGGGAUGAGAGAAGCUCUGGCUGAAAUAUGUGAAGAGGGUUUACAAGCAAUCUGGGAAAGACAUCAAGUGAAUUCUGAGCUUUUAUGGACUGGUUUGGAAAAUUUGGGCCUCAAGUUUUUGGUUCCCGACAAGGAGUACAGGUUGGGGACAAUUACAGCGGUGAUACUCCCUAGUGACGUUGACUCGCAAGCAGUUAUUGCAUAUGUCAAAGCAAAACACAAUCUCGAAAUAUCGCCUGGUCUGGGACCAAGUAAGGGCAAGAUUUGGAGAAUUGGUCUAAUGGGUUACAACUGCAAGUUGCACAAUGUUCACUUGGCGCUGAAAGCACUGAAAGAUGCGUUCGACAACAUUCCCAAGCAAGAAUAGCGUUGAGGGAACCAUCCAUGCAGAGAUCAAGAAUUUUGUACACGACUUUUGUUUUGCAUUUGUCUUAAUUAUUUUAAUAUUUUAAAUCAUCAGUCAUCAGUUUGCCUUAAUUAUUUUUCUGUUUUGCAAGGACCUACCGCAGUACAGUGCAUUUAGCGGCAAUUCUCUUGUCUCGUAAUGUAAAUUGGAGCCGUAGGUGUACACGGAGAACACAAAGGAUUGGUGAUGUUGAUCAGAAAAAUGAUAGUCUCACAAUUGUAUUAGGAUC